AUGUUCUCUCUCUUGUCUCUCUUUACCUCAACGCUGCUGGCCUCGACUGCCUUGGCAUGGCCAAGUGCACCUCCAGCACAGUUUGUCCAGAACACAACCGUGUUCGUCCCACCAGCCAACUGGCCAGACAAGGGUGGCAGUUAUGCUCGCUCCGUCCUCCUCAAUCAGGACUGUGAGCAAGGGGAGCCUACUAUUCUGGCCACCGCGGCAUACAGCCCUCCAGACGGCCAAUACUUUAUCAUCUAUAAGAGCACCGACUACGGAGCCAGCUGGUCGGAACUCUCCAAGGCAUACUUCAACGGCAAUGCUAGCUUGAGUGGCGGGAUCAUCUUACAACCCUUCAUGUACGAGUUGGCCCAGCCUUUUGGAAAAUACCAGCCUGGAACGAUCCUUUUGUCUGGUAACCGUAUCCCUGGCGACUCCUCCAGCACCAACAUUCAGUUGUAUGCUAGUACAGACAAAGGUGUAUCCUGGGAGUAUGUCUCAACGGUAGCCUAUGGUGGACCUCCCAACACCGACAACGGCGCGCCUUGUGUCUGGGAGCCCUUCAUUCUCGCCUACGACAACCAAGUCAACGUGUUCUACUCCGACCAGCGCGAUCCUCAGUAUGGUCAAAAGCUUGCUCACCAGUCCAGUGGAGACCUAAUGUCGUGGGGCGAUGUUGUCAACGAUGUCGCCUAUGCGAACUACACACAGCGACCAGGCAUGAUCACCAUCGCCCAGAUCGGCAACGGAAAAUGGAUGUGCUCUUAUGAAGUUGGUCUCUGGUCGGAUCCUGCCACCGGUAACGACGACGGUGCCCCCUAUGCCACCCACUACAAGAUUGCAGACUCACCUCUUGAGUUCGGCUCAGUUGGCGACAACAUGCUCAGGACUCCCGAAGGUGUCUCUAGCGCAGGUCCUUACACUGUCUGGACACCCGCUGGCGGCCCUUCAGGUACCAUCGUUGUGAGUGACUCCACAUACGACCAAUUCUUCCUCAACACACAGAACGGAGAUCCCGGUGCAUGGCAGAAUGUCAGUAGCCAAGGCCAUGGAGUCGGCUACACCAGAUCUUUGAGGGUCCUGCCAGGAAACGGCGGAAAGACCAUUCAAGUGUACAAUGGCGGAAUGUACGGUUCUAACAUGACUGAAUUUACUGCCGGCGAUUUCAUUGUGCCAGGACCUGCUGGUAAGGGUCCAGGUGCUCAGGGCUUCCCUGCUUGCAACCACAACAGCGGCGGUUAUGGACAUGGCUGGGGCUGGGGUAGUCCAUGGUCAUAG